AUGGACUACGACAGAAUCAGAGAAGCCAUUCACAAGUGCAUCGUCUACAAUGAAAAGGUGUUGAAUGGCAAAUAUAUGGGUCUCGAUGUCGAGAACGAAGCAGCGAUAGUAGAUAGAAUCGUACAAAAACACAGUGACGAUUUUGCUCAACUUCUUUCAAAGAAAGAUUACUACGAAUCAAAGCUUUUUACAUGGCUUCACCAAAACUUGAAGCUUGUAAAAGGAAAAGCCCCAUUGUACAAACGCCCGAAUUUACCUGAUCCACUCUACAUUACCAAUCGAUAUCACGCAAUUCAAUAUGUUGAAAAAAUAAUUAUUAACGAUGAUAUCAAGGUUAGGGCUAUAAGAGAGCUAAUUAUCAAGCAUAAAAGUUUCCAAGAAGACUUCAAGAAGCAACGAGAUGAAAUAAUUGAGCAAUAUAACGAAAGCAAACGUCAAAUCUACCAGAAUAAAGGACCACAAAUUCUUAGCAGUAUUAAUGAAAGUAAAAUUGCAAGGUUAAGAGAAGCAACAGAAACUGAUUUGAGGAGCUUAGAUGAGCGUAUGGCGUAUAAAAUGAAGAAACUAAGCAACGAGAACCAUGAGCUUCUUCGAGGUUUUAAAGUGCCGUUUUUUUACAUUGAUGAAAGUUACAAGUACCCUGACUUGAAACAAGAUCAAGAAUUUAUGCUUGAUUUACUACGAGACUCAAUAGAAUUGAAAUGA